UAUACGAAAAUAUAUCAGUUGUAUUUUAGACUUCAGCGAGUAUAAAACGUUGCGUUUAUUAUAAGACGUUUUCGUGUGUUACAAACAUAAAUACUUAUUUGGACAAAAACAAAAGAAAAAAACAAGUUAAAGCCAAAGUAAUAAAAAAAUCAAUAAAAACGUCUAGAAAAUUCUUAAUAGUAAUAAAUACCAAAAAAAAACAUAUUUAAGGCAAAAAGGGUCCUUUAAAGAAAACCUGUGAUAAAGACAAAUUUUGUAUUUUAAUAAAAAAGGUAAAAAAAAAAUCAUGCCUCCUACCGGUAUUUCUCUUGAUGAAGCUGAUCAUCAUCAUGAUUAUAAAUCAUAUUUUGAACAUACACACACCAAUGGCAAUGGUGCCCAUUUGGUAAAUGACCAAGAAGAUGAAGAGGAUGAUAUGUAUGCUGAAGUUCGUGAACAUACCAGAUAUUCCGAUGGCACAGUUAAACUACGUAAUCCCAAUAUUGAACUUAUGGAUCAGGAUAUUUUAUAUCAUUUGGCCUUGGGCAGUGAGUCGCACGAUUUACAUGAAAUGUUUGGUGAUGUCAAGUUUGUUUGCAUGGGCGGGACACCAAAGCGUAUGGAAAACUUUGCACAUUUCAUAAUGAAUGAAAUCGGCUAUAAAUUACCAGCGGGCACAAUGUUACAGGACAUUAGUGCUUACUCGUAUCGUUAUUCCAUGUACAAAGUUGGUCCAGUACUUUGUGUUAGUCACGGCAUGGGAACGCCCUCUGUUAGCAUUUUAAUGCAUGAAAUGAUUAAACUAAUGUAUCAUGCCAAGUGCCAUGAUCCCGUUUUCAUACGUAUUGGCACUUGUGGUGGUAUUGGUGUUGAGGGUGGUACUGUCAUCAUAACCGAAGAUGCCUUGGAUGGUCAACUACGGAAUUCGCAUGAGUUUACCGUUUUGGGCAAAACUAUACAUCGUCCUGCUAAAUUGGAUAAGAAAUUGGCCAGAGAACUUAAAUCUUUAGCGAGUCAAGAUGAUCCUUAUGAUACCAUUAUUGGCAAAACUUUAUGUACCAAUGAUUUCUAUGAGGGUCAAGGACGUUUAGAUGGUGCUUUUUGUGAAUUUACCGAAGCCGAUAAAAUGGCUUAUUUAGAAAAAUUACGUGAGCAUGGUGUGGUUAAUAUUGAAAUGGAAAGCACCAUAUUUGCAGCACUGACAUAUCAUGCCGGCAUUAAAGCUGCUGUGGUGUGUGUAGCAUUGCUUAAUCGUCUAAAUGGUGAUCAGGUCAAUGCGCCCAAAGAAGUUAUGAAUGAAUGGCAGGAACGUCCUCAAAUUCUAGUGGCACGUUAUAUACGCAAAGUAUUAGCCCAAAAGGGUCAAUUGAAAAAUUUCUUCGGUCAACAAGGUUCCAUUAAAUCGCCCAGACGUUUCAAAUUGGUGCAACAAGAAUCUCAAGCUCAUGAAUAAGUUUUAAAUAACAAAAAGCCGAAAUAUUACCAAAUAAAUUUAUUGAACUACAAAUUAUUUUUGUAGUUGAAUUAUUCUCAUUAACACAAAACACAGAAGACAGACACACUAAACUAUAAACUAAAUAAUGUUAUAAAUAAAUUAAUUAUUAAAACUACCUUAGGUUAUAGACUAAACAGAGUUAAACAUCUUUCUAAACCUUUGAAAAAAAAAUAAUAGACAUACUAUAUA